AUGAAAGGUGGUCAAUCAAAAGCUGAAGCGACGAGCACUGAUCAGAGAGGAAGAAAGCCUGGGAAGAAAACGACGAAGGAUCCAAACAAGCCUAAGAGACCUCCAAGUGCUUUCUUCGUCUUCCUGGAUGAUUUCCGACGGGAGUUUAACUUGGCGAACCCUAAUAACAAGUCCGUCGCUACUGUUGGUAAGGCUGCUGGAGCUAAAUGGAAGUCUAUGAGUGAGGAAGAAAAAGCGCCUUACGCCUCCAAGGCAGAGAGCAGAAAGACUGAAUAUGUCAAGAGUAUGCAACAGUACAACAUGAAAUUGGCUAGUGGAACCAAUAGAGGAGAAGAUGAAGAGUCCAAGUCUGAAGUGGACGAAGCAGGAGGAAGCGAAGAGGAGGAAGAAGAUGAAUGA